GGCUCCGCACCAGCCGGGCCAACCGGGCUUCAAAUUCACCGUGGCCGAGUCCUGCGACCGGAUCAAGGACGAGUUCCAGUUCCUGCAGGCCCAGUACCACAGCCUCAAAGUGGAGUAUGACAAGCUGGCGAACGAGAAGACCGAAAUGCAGCGCCAUUACGUUAUGUACUACGAAAUGUCCUACGGUUUGAACAUUGAAAUGCACAAACAGACAGAAAUUGCUAAAAGACUGAAUACAAUUUUAGCCCAGAUCAUGCCUUUUCUGUCACAAGAGCACCAACAGCAAGUGGCACAGGCUGUUGAACGUGCCAAGCAAGUGACAAUGACGGAGUUGAAUGCUAUCAUCGGGGUACGUGGACUUCCCAAUCUGCCUCUCACCCAGCAGCAGCUCCAGGCCCAGCACCUCUCCCACGCCGCCCACGGGCCCCCGGUCCAGCUGCCGCCACAUCCCUCGGGGCUCCAACCGCCGGGAAUCCCGCCGGUCACCGGCACCAGCUCGGGGCUGCUGGCCCUCGGAGCCCUGGGCAGCCAGGCCCACCUUGCUGUCAAGGAUGAGAAGAACCACCAUGACCUGGACCACAGAGAGCGAGACUCAAGUGCAAAUAAUUCCGUGUCGCCCUCGGAGAGCCUGAGAGCCAGCGAGAAGCACCGGAGCUCCACGGAUUACAGCAUCGACUCCAAGAAGCGGAAAGCGGAGGAGAAGGACAGCAUGAGCCGAUAUGACAGCGAUGGUGACAAGAGCGAUGACCUGGUGGUCGACGUCUCCAACGAGGAUCCUGCCACCCCCCGGGUCAGCCCAGCCCACUCACCCCCGGAGAACGGCCUGGACAAAGCCCGCGGGCUGAAGAAGGGGGACGCUCCCAACAGCCCGGCCUCGGUCGCCUCCUCCAGCAGCACUCCCUCCUCCAAGACUAAAGACCUGGGCCACAACGACAAGUCGUCGACGCCCGGGCUCAAGUCGAACACUCCGACGCCGCGGAACGACGCGCCCACCCCGGGCACCAGCAGCACCCCGGGGCUGCGGCCCAUGCCUGGCAAGCCCACUGGCAUGGACCCCCUGGCCUCGGCCCUGCGCACGCCCAUCUCCAUCGCGGGCUCCUACGCCGCCCCCUUCGCCAUGAUGGGGCACCACGAGAUGAACGGGUCCCUCACCAGCCCCGGCGCCUACGCGGGGCUGCACAACCUCCCCCCGCAGAUGAGCGCGGCCGCCGCCGCCGCCGCCGCCUACGGCCGGUCACCAAUGGUGAGCUUUGGAGCUGUUGGUUUUGACCCACACCCACCCAUGCGAGCCCCCGGCCUGCCCUCCAGCCUGGCCUCCAUCCCCGGAGGGAAACCAGCCUACUCGUUCCACGUGAGCGCCGACGGGCAGAUGCAGCCGGUGCCGUUCCCGCACGACGCGCUGGCGGGGCCCGGCAUCCCCCGGCACGCGCGGCAGAUCAACACGCUGAGCCACGGCGAGGUGGUGUGCGCCGUCACCAUCAGCAACCCCACCCGGCACGUCUACACCGGCGGCAAGGGCUGCGUCAAGAUCUGGGACAUCAGCCAGCCCGGCAGCAAGAGCCCCAUCUCCCAGCUCGACUGCCUGAACAGGGAUUAACCACAUCCCAGCCUGGAGCAGCUCCCGGCC